UAGAGUAAUGCCCCCCAAAAUAAAAAACCUCUUUGGUCUUGUCUCCACCACUUUCACAUCAAAACUAAACCCUUGUUUCACUCUUUGUGUCUCUUCGUUUUGCCCUCUAUCGAUUCCACAAUGCUAAUCUCCGGCGAAUCUGUGAAGCGGAGUCGUUGAUUUCCCGGCGUCUCUCCCGAUUUUUCCGUUAUAUUCAUUCGUUUCUCCGUCCGAUCCAGCCAGGCUUUUUUUUUCUGUCUUAACAUCUAAAGUUCCAGGAUCUCUGUUAAUCUCAGCGAAGAGAAGACAACAUUAUGCGGGAGCGUAACGGAUCCAAAGAAGAGGGCUUUCAGUUACAGGGGUGUUGUGCAACUCUAAACGGAAGUUGCAGCGAACCUGGUCUAGAGGCUGAGAGUGAAACCGAGAUGAAGAACAAGAAAACGGUAAAGGUGGUUAAGCCGAUUGAUCGUGAGGUGAACAUUACCCGGAAGGUUCUUCGCUCAGGGUCUGUGGCAAUUGAUACGGACAAACAUGAUGUGGCUGUGGAAGAGAAGGGAGAUCUGAGUGAGGUCGACAACAUGGGCGAUUGUUAUGUUGAUGAGGUGGAAGAAGGGAAGGCUCUUCUGUCUGUGGCAAAGGAUACAGAAAAGAGUGACAAUCUGGCUGUGGAGGAGGAUGUUGACAACAUUGGCAAAACUAGUGUUGGAUUUUCUGUUGAUGAGGUGAAAGAAGAGGCGAAACGUGAGCUUGUGGAAUCUCCUGUGCCUAAGGAGACUCAUGGAAAAGAAGCUCAAGUUAAACGCAAAAGAGGACGCCCUCGGAAGCUGCAGAUCAGCAGCAGCCAGUCUGAUGGUAAUGAGGACCAAGUUAUUUGCGUUGCUAUCGAGGAGAAAAAAGAAGCAAGUCCUGGAGCUGAUUCUACGAGUCUGGCUGAAGAGUUAAAAGUCAAACGUAAGCGGGGAAGGCCUAGAAAGCUUCCGAUCGACACAAACUCUACUCCAGAUAUGGGUGACUCUAUUGAUGAUUCCAGGAGACCAAAGCGUAACUGUGGAGGCAGGAUGGGACCUAAGCGUGGAAGACCAAAGACGAAGAAGAAACCUGGGGAGACUGAUGAAUCAGAUUCUAAAGCAGCGAUGAGACUAAAGCCUUGUGAGAAUUCACGGCACAACAAACCCUUAGGUGAUGGCGAAAUGAGGAAUGGAGAAACGCAAAAUGAUGAUGGAAGACGAUCCAAAUUACAAUCUAAGAAAAAGCUGAGUGACCGUAUUCUUCAGCUACUUCUAGCUGCUGGUUGGACAGUUGAAUACAGGCCGCGAAAAGGGAAGGCAUACAACGCUGCUGUUUAUGUGAAUCCUGAGGGAAAGACUCACUGGUCAGUAACCAAAGCUUAUGAAGUCUAUAAAACAAAUCUGGAACGCAGCAUGACGGAUCAAGUAGACUCUGGUCUUGGCUUGCUUCCAGAAGAGGACCUUCACCUUUUAAGGAGAAAAGUUCACAAGAAACGGAGCGAUACAGGUAAGCCAAGGUCAAACGGGAAGGACACAGAUACUACUAAUGAAGAUACGGUGGUCUCGAGAAAGGGAGUAGGAGAAAAAGCGCAGAAGAAACGAAAAGUUUCUCACAAAUUUGAAAGAAGUUCGGUGUCAGUCCGGAAAAUAAAGAGGGAAGAAAAACAUAAUAGAAAGCGUGGUGCUUUGUCGGCUCGCAGUUCUUUGUCGGAUGCGGAGUCCAACGAGAAUGGGUACAUUUUAUUCGAAGGAAAACGCACCAUGCUGGGAUGGAUGAUUGAUUCAGCCAUUGUGCCACUUAACGGGAAAGUUCAGUGCAAAAACACAGAAGGAAUAAUUACAAAAGAAGGUAUUCGAUGCAACUGCUGUGACGAAGUAUUCUCUCUUCUCGACUUUGAAGUUCAUUCUGGAGGAGGGAAGCCAUUCAAAAGUCUGUAUUUAGAGGGUGGGAACUCUCUCUUGCAGUGCUUUCUUGAGUCUUGGAAUAAACAAAGCGAAGCAGUGCUUAAAGGGUUCCAUGUUGUGGAUUUUGGUGGUGGAGAUCACAAUGAUGAUACAUGUGCUAUAUGCGGGGAUGGGGGAGAUCUUACCUGCUGUGAUGGUUGCCCUUCAACUUUCCAUCAGAGCUGCCUGGGCAUUAAAAAGUUCCCAGCUGGUUCCUGGUUUUGUUGCAACUGCUCAUGCAAAUUUUGCGAGAAAGUGGAGGCAGCUAAUCAUGGCACUACAACUCUUUCCCCCUUGCUGAAGUGCCACCUAUGUGAAGAAAAAUAUCACCAAGCAUGCAUCAAGCAAGAUGGCACUGUACCUGUUGAAAGUAGUACUCUUCCAUUUUGUGGAAAGUAUUGUCAAGAGUUAUUCGACGGACUACAGUUACUCGUUGGAGUAAAACAUUCAUUGCCUGAGGGCUUCUCCUGGACAUUCCUUCGCCGCUUUGAGAUGCCUCGUGAGGUUUCAGAUAGUGACAUAUCUGAGAAGAUUGCAUAUAAUGCCAAACUGGCUGUUGCAUUUUCUGUUAUGGAUGAGUGCUUUUCACCUUUAGUUGAUCACAGGAGUGGUGUCAACCUGCUUGAAAACAUCGUCUACAAUUUUGGGUCGAACUUCCAUCGGCUAAAUUACAGCAAUUUUCUAACGGCUGUUUUGGAGAGGGGUGAUGAAAUCAUUGGUGUGGCAUCUAUCAGGAUCCACGGCAAUCAACUGGCAGAAAUGCCGUUUAUAGGAACCCGCUACAUGUACAGGCGUAAAGGGAUGUGUCGUCGACUAAUGAACGGCAUUGAAUCUGCGCUUAGCUCUCUCAAAGUAGACAAAUUAGUCAUACCAGCAGUGCCAGAACUGAUGGAUACGUGGACUAAAGGCUUUGGCUUCACGCCUGUUAGUGAAUCAGCGAGAAAAACAAUUAAGAAUCUGAACUUGGUGGUGUUCCCUGGUGUAGACAUGCUGGAGAAAUCAUUGGCCAAGGACAACGGUGAACUGCUGUUGGCAGCUGAGAUGAGCCUGCCUGCAGAUGUUGAGGAAACCAAACCUGAGGAGUGUAAAGACGAGCUAGAUUGUGGAACUGCUGAUGCCGAAUCUCCUUCUUACCAAGUUGAUAGCUGCAUGAAGUCGAUGGAUGUAGUCAAGGGAGUUAAUGAUACAGACCUGAAUCUGAAGUCCUUGGAGGAGAAAGAAGAGACUGGGACUGGGAAACUGACAGAUGAAGAGGUCGAUCUUCUUCCUGUUGUUGUAGUUGAUAACCAGAGAGAAUCUAACUCGGGAGUUAAUGAUGAUUCUCAUGAGGAUCAAACUGAUAGAAAAAGACAGCAAAGUGGUGAUCUAAAAAGCUCUGGAGCUAAAGCUGAGGGUACAGAGGAGCCAGAUGAAGAAUCCGACUGUUACAUAAUAGAAAAUUCUCAGCCACUUGGUAAUGGUGGUACAGAGAAAAAGAGUGGCAACAAAGCUUUAUCGCUGAAGAAAGGAGUGGCUUCCAGAUUGAGAGUAUCACCUCGACUGAUUCAAGGAUCAUGGGGAACGUCGAGGGUGAACAAAAGGUACACAGGUACCAAUGCCGUGUUGAUCGGCUCUUCACAUGGCAGGUGUGUUUGAGGUGCAUUGCAGCUUUUGUUUGUAUGUGCAUAUGACCAGAACUAACGCACUUUUGUCUAUUUUCAUGACAAACGAUAAGGCGCAGGUGAAAGAAAAGUAGUUAGACUAUUAUUCUAAUUGCAUUGCUUUAGUAGCUUUUUUAUAACUCAGAGCCAUAGGUCAAGUAAAACCUUGCACUGCUCAGUGCUUAUUAGAUUUUUUCUAAUAAUUUUAGGUAGCAGACCAAUUUAUUUAUUUCAUGGGCAUUUUGUAAUAUCAAACAUUGAGCUGCUUCUUCAUCUUAUUUAUCUAAUGUGGAAACAUCUUCUGGCU